AUGGCAGUGACAAUCCCCUGGGCAGGUUCUGACGAGAGCAGAGGCGAUGCAUCGGCUGACGUCGGUGCAGGCUACAUACCCAGCCUGGGUCUGAACAUCCUCGCGCUUGUGUUGUACGCCCUCAUCGGCGCCGGUCAUUUCAUCAACGUCUUUACCUAUCGCACCAAAUGGGGGCUAUGUCUGCCCAUUGCCUGUUGGACGGAAUCGCUCGGGUUCGGUCUGCGCAUCCUCUUUCGACAUGAUGUCACCUCUGGCGUGUUCAUAGCCACAAACCUCUUCGUCGUCCUCUCACCCGCUGCUUUCCUCGCAUUCAAUUAUAUCACCUAUGGUAGACUCAUCCGCCAGAUCAAUGGCAACGUCUCCCUCAUCAAUCCUCGCAAAGUAACCCGGAUCUUUGUCGCGAGCGACAUCUUUACCUUUCUUGUGCAAGGCGCAGGUGGCGGUCUGAUUGCCUCUGGCUCAUCGACCGGUCAGAUCAUCUUCUUGGUAGGCUUAGCCGGGCAAGGCGCUUCCUACGCGCUCUUUUGCGUCUUGUUCGUCUCUGCCCACAUCCGCAUCGUCAGAGCUAGACGACGGACAACAUUCAGCAACGAGAAGGCCGGUAGCCAAGCAACACUGGCGAAUCAUGAUGGUGAUGAUGCUCCGGCUGUGCAGCCGACAGCUUACGACCAACCUUUCUGGACCGUCUUCGCUUGCCUGUACGCCACGUCAGUACCCAUCUUGAUACGGUCGGUCUAUCGCGUCAUCGAGCUCGCCGUGGGCUACAACGGUGUCCUAUACAAUCACGAAAAGUACUUUCUCGGCCUCGAUGCGCUGCCGCUUCUCGUCGCCGUCGCCAUCUGGCUGCCUUUGUGGCCAUCUCGUUAUUUUCCGAAACAUGCACGAGCAUGA